AAGCACAUUUAUGAUCAACUACAUCCUGCUAGUAUCACGACAAGGCAAAGUACGCCUUGCGAAAUGGUUUUCCACCAUGCCGCCCAAGGCAAAAGCCAAGAUUGUAAAGGACGUCACUCAGCUCGUCCUGGCUCGGCGCACGCGGAUGUGUAAUUUUCUGGAGUACAAGGAUACCAAGGUCGUAUACCGCCGAUAUGCAUCGUUGUUCUUCGUUUGUGGGAUUGCCUCAGGGGAUAACGAGUUGAUCACGCUUGAGAUUAUUCACCGUUACGUCGAGGUUUUGGACCGGUAUUUUGGAAAUGUAUGCGAGCUAGACCUCAUCUUCAAUUUCCAGAAAGCGUAUGCGAUCCUGGACGAGCUCAUAAUCGCAGGAGAGAUGCAGGAAUCCUCCAAGAAGUCGGUGCUGCGCGUGGUCACACAAUCGGAUAGCGUCGAAGAGCAAGAGUCCUCCGAGGACAUCAUAGGUCGUUUGGGAGCUGCACGCGGCCCCUUGAUCCGCUGAAAGUCAACUGGACCGCUUUGGAUUAAUUGCUGUACUGAGAGGCAUGACACGGGUGGUGUAUGACGUCUCAUAUUUGAGAGGUAUGCCUAGAUGAUACCCAGAGGUAGUAGUGGCAGUGACAGUACUACUCUACGUCUUUGCAGUCGGCUUUAGCUUGUUCAGGACAUACCAUCUCACAAGAUCAAGUGUUGCUACAGAGUCCUCCACUGAAGAAUGACCGCUUGUUCCUCCACCAGCCUGGAUUGUGAGACCGAGGUGUUCUUUCGCUCUGAUGUAAUUUCGUAAAUAGGUGGUAUGGAAUCAGAUUUGGAAUGAC